AUGAAUGGCUGGGUGAGUACAAAGUGCCGGGGCCUGUGGUGGGAAUGCAUCACAAACAUCUUUGACGGGAUUCAAACCUGCAAUGAAUACGACUCUAUGCUGGCCGAGCACCCCGUGAAGCUGGUGCUGACCCGAGCCAUGAUGAUCACAGCUGACAUCCUGGCAGGAUUCGGAUUCACCUUCCUGCUGCUAGUCAAGUUCCUCACCAACGAGCCCAACAUCAAGCUCCUCAUCUGCCUGGUGUCGGGGGUUACAUUGCUCAUGGCAGGCAUCCCAAGCCUUAUUGGCUCGGUGUGGUACGCUAUUGGUGUGUAUGUGGAGCGCUCCUCUCUGGUCUUGCACAAUGUGUUUCUUGGUAUCCAGUAUAAAUCUGGCUGGUCCUGCUGGCUUGGAAUGGCUGGGUCGCUGGGAUGCUUCAUGUCUGGGGCCGUGCUCACCUGCUGCGUGUAUCUCUUCAGAGAUGUUGGCUCUGGGAGGUUUCACUCUUCUCACUCCCUGAGGAAGAUGUACUCCCCAGCUGGCACCACUGUGGCAAACGUGUACCAUCCAUCUUCUCGGACAGCCACUGCCCAAAUGUACGCAGUGGACACCAGAGUGUGAGGAGCAGAAGAGGGUGAGAUAAAGUACUCCGCUCUCAGCUUUCUCUGUACCGUCAGAGCCCAGGACUCUAGCGGUUGCAAGACAGAUGCUCAGUUCCCACUCAAAGAGAUGUGGCAGAAAGAAAAAUAAUCAACAGCAAGGAUGCAACCUCGGAGAAUUAAGGACUCCCCCUGGGUUGAAUACGGAGAGGUGCCAAGCACCUGCUAAGCUAACUCAGUCUGUCAGAUUGUGGGUCACAAGGUUUGAUGCAAAUUAAAUCAGCUUCUUACAGGAUCAGGCCCUGAUAUUCUGUAUAAAAACCCUCAGAGAGUAAGACAGAGCUGGUGUGUGCCUGACAACAUGCUGCCAGCCCAGGCAGAAGGGCUUUGGCUAGGAGAAGGAGCUAGUAUCUGAAACCUGGGGAGCUGGUACAUGAGUGCAUCCCCUUCAUGAGAGCAGCAAUGUGUUCAUGCAGAAUAAAGGGGGUUGUAUGAAACCCCACCACCGCUGUCAGAGUCUGGAGCCUAUGGAUAUCCUAGUGGGGAGCACGCUACUAAAGAAGAUGCAAUCAUCCUUGUGACUUGCCAGCCUCGUCCUUCUAUAUUUUGCAAGCUUUAAACCAUCUCCUGCAAUAAGCUUGGUCUUCAAGAUGGGCUGAAACCAGGAAAGGAGCUUUAUCUGACCCGGGGAAACAAAGGCAUUCUUCAUGCCCUGAUGCUUUGCAGCUCAAAAAUGCUUUAAGAAAUGCUGAGAGAAGGAAAAGAUGAGUGCAGGAGGAAUAAAGCAGGUGUGAUUCAGUCGCUGAGCCUGCCGAGAAUGGAUGCGAAGGUAUGGAAGAGAAAGGGAUGCAAGUCAUCCUCCAGCUGUUUCUCUAUGAAGGUGUGCACCUGUGAGUGUACACGACAGGGAGAGAAGGCCAAUACUGCAGCCAAAAUCAUCCUUUUUGCUCCUGUGUUUCAAACCAUUGGAGACCACCUAGUUGCAAAAGGGUUUAAUAACUGCCACAAAAGGGAGGGACUUGGGGCUAUGCCAAGCAUGUUUUCAGAGCUCAGGCCAGACUGGGCCAUUUCACUGGGAUACAAGACCCACGAUCCCCUGAUCCUAGGACUUAGGACCGUAGGACUAGACGGGACCUCAGGGGCCACCAAGUUCAGCCCCCUGCUCAGAUGCAGGAGGUGCUGUUCCCCACAUCCCAGACCCACGCCUGCCCAGCCUCUGCUUGGAAACUUCCCAUGGAGAUGCCCCCACAAUGGCGGGGGAGCUGGGUUAGCAGCCACACAGGUAAGCACUGGAGAAGGUGGGUUCCUCUGGUGCUAUCGCCUCUCCAACAAAUGCAGAUCCGUUUGCUGUCCCAAGGCUCAUCCAAGGGCAGGGAAAGACCAAGGCAACCCAGGCUGUGCUAGCCUAACCCAAUUGAAAGCCCAGACACUGAUAGAUGAUGUUGUUUUAAUGUUUGUCCUCCCAACCACCAUCCUCAUCCUGAUGCUUUAAAGACCAAACAAGCUAAAAAAAAUGCUUUUUUUCUAAGCCCCUUUUAUUUUUCCUGUUGUAUUUUGUUAGGCUGGGGACAGCUGCCUUCUCACUAUGGAUUUUUCUAUAACAUUUUUAAGUGAAUAAAUGGUCGUAUAUGCUAAAGGGGCAGUGUGUGUGCAUCCAGUGUAGCAAAUGCUGCCUUAACUCACAUUGCAUCAUCCGGGGUUGUAAAAGUGUGUGGAUGCAAAACCAAUCUGUAAGAAAUGGGGACCGGAGGGAUCUAGGCCAUUUGGGAUGAGAGUGGAAUAAAGUUUAACUGUGCAAAGUUCAGUCUAAGGCAUGUUCAAGGGACCUCACCAUUGCCUCGAGGUGCUGGGGGACAA